AUGUCCUUUCCCGAACUAGGAGUGUCCAAAUGGCUCGUGGAGGCUUUAAAUGCCAUGAAAAUCCAUACCCCAACCGCUAUUCAGUCUGCCUGUAUACCGAAAAUUUUAGCAGGUCAUGAUUGUAUUGGUGGAGCCAAGACAGGUAGUGGUAAGACUAUCGCCUUUGCUGCUCCUAUGCUCUCCAAGUGGUCCGAGGAUCCUAGUGGAAUAUUUGGCGUAAUCUUGACCCCAACGAGAGAAUUGGCAUUACAAAUUGCUGAGCAAUUUGCUGCUCUUGGUGCAUCCAUGAACAUCAGAAUAAGCGUCAUUGUAGGUGGAGAAGAUAUAGUUAAACAGGCAUUGGAAUUGCAGAAAAGACCCCAUUUUGUCAUAGCUACUCCAGGGAGACUCGCAGAUCACAUAUUGAACAGUGGUGAAGACACCAUAGGUGGUUUGAAAAGAGUAAAGUACCUUGUAUUGGAUGAAGCAGAUAUCCUAUUGAGCAAUAGUUUCGGUGGAGAUUUACAGAGAUGCUUCAGCAUAUUACCUAGCAGUGAAAAGAGGCAAACCUUGUUGUUCACCGCUACUGUCACUGAUGCCGUCAGGGCAUUGAAGGAAAGACCUACGCCAGCUGGCAAGCCACCAGUCUUCAUCCAUGAAGUGGAAACCGUAGACAAAGUUGCUAUUCCCUCAACCUUGACCAUCCAGUACGUGUUGGUCCCUUCAUUCGUGAAGGAAGCUUACUUGCAUAACAUCUUGACAUUGCCUCAAAACGAGAAGUCGGCAGCAAUUGUCUUUGUCAACAGAUCGGACACAGCAGAAGUUUUACGUAGAACACUUAGAAAGCUUGAGCUUAGAGUGACUAGUUUGCACUCACAGAUGCCACAGGCCGAAAGAACAAAUUCCAUCCAUAGAUUUAAGGCUGGUGCUGCACGGAUCUUGAUUUCCACCGAUGUGGGCUCAAGAGGGUUGGAUAUACCUAACGUCGAGUUGGUUAUAAACUAUGAUAUUCCUGCCGACGCUGACGUUUUCAUUCAUAGAGUCGGUAGAACUGCGAGAGCAGGUAGAAAGGGUACUUCCAUAAGUAUUAUGGCAGAGAGAGAUGUUGAUAGAAUUAAGGCCAUAGAAGAGAGAAUUAACAAAGAAAUGGAAUUGCUUGAAGAUGUGGAAGACAACAAAGUCAUCAAGGAAUCAUUGAGCGCAGUGAGUAAUGCCAAGAGAGAGGCUCUCAUGGACAUGGACAGAGACAACUUUGGAGAGAAAAGAAAGAUAAACAAGAGGAAAAACGGCGACGAGCAAACUACCAGUAAGGUAGUGAAAGCGAAAAAGGGGAAGAAACCGAAGAAAGAAAAGAGUAGCUAG